AUGUCUUCCUCCAAGUCCAUAUCCUUCCCAGAAUUCCCCAUCUCCCAAAUCACCAUGCCCACCGACGACCUGUUCAACGCCGCGUACACCUACGUCCAAGAGAACUGUACCAAAGCGACACUCAACCACUGCGUCCGCAGCGUCGCCUUUGCUCUCAUUCUGCUCCGCAAGCUCCCGCCCUUGACAGCCAACCCGGACAUUGACAGGGAAACCAUCGUGCUCUCCAUCAUGCUGCACGACUUGGGCUGGGCCACGACCCAGUCCCUGACAUCCAACGACAAACGCUUCGAAGUCGACGGCGCAGAGAUUGCCCGCAACUUCCUCCGCACCGAGAUCGCCGCCGCCGAUGGCGCCGGAUCGGGCGGCAAAUGGGACAAGCACCGUCUGCAACUGAUCUGGGACGCCAUCGCGCUGCACACGACCCCGAGCGUCGCGCAACACAAGGAACCCGAGGUCCUGGCCACCCAGACGGCCAUCACCGCCGACUUCUUGGGGCCCAACCUCCCCAUCCCCGUGCCCGGCGGGCCCAUAAUCACCGUUGACGAGUACAAAGAGAUUCUCGGGGUGUGGCCCCGCCUCGGCUUCAAGGAGGAGCUGCGCGCCACAUUGUGCGGGCUCUGCCGCACCAAGCCCCAGACCACCGUGGACAAUUUUGUCGGUCAGUUCGGCGCGGCGUACGGCACCGACGGUCACGGCGGCGGGAGGGCAGAGUUCCUCAAGUUUUUGGAGGACAAUAACGUCGUCAACCUCUUGGAGGGCGGGUUGACGGCCCUGGAGCAGUAUGAGAAAUGA